GGCGGACUGGCUGCGAGCGGCUCGGCGCGCUCCCUUCCCGGGCGGGGGAAUCCGGGCCGGGUUGUGGCCGCGGCCGCGUACGUGAGCGCAGUGUCCCGGAGAGGGAGGGCAGGCCGGCCAGGUGGGCGCGAAGGCGGCGGCGCGGGAGGCGGCGCAGUGCAGGAGCCGCGCCGGUGGCGGGCAGGGCCGCGGCCGCUGCAGGGAGCCGAGCUGUCCGGGCCAGUGGCGGGCCGAGCAGACAGAGAAGCCAGUAUCCAGCAUGCUGUCCCGACGCCUUGGUAAGCGCUCCCUCUUGGGAGCCCGGGUAUUGGGACCUAGUGCCUCUGAGGUGCCAUCAGGGGCCAGCCUGCCUUUGGAGCCGCAGAUAGAAGUGCCAGAAGGAGCCACACCUCAGUCCUCACUCACCUCUAAGGACCCUGUGUGCCAGGAGCAGCCCAAGGAGGUCCUCAGAGCUCUGGGUACCUCAGGACACCCACAGGUGACCUUUCAGCCUGGACAGAAGGUCUGUGUGUGGUAUGGGGGUCAGGAGUGCAAGGGCCUGGUGGAGCAGCACAGUUGGGCUGAGGACAAGGUGACAGUCCGGCUGCUGGACCAGAAGUUACAGAUUUGCUGUAAAGUAGAAGAGGUGUGGUUGGCGGAACCGCAGGGUACCACAUCCCAUGUGCCAGCCUCGGAGCCAAGAGCCCAGGUGCCAGCCUACAGACCCGUGUCUAGGAACAUCGACGUCCCCAAGAGGAAGUCGGAUGCGGUGGAGAUGGACGAGAUGAUGGCUGCCAUGGUGCUGACGUCUCUGUCUUGCAGUCCUGUUGUGCAGAGUCCUCCUGGGGCUGAGCCCAUCUUCUCUGUUUCCCGUGCAGCCUGUGGUGACCCAUGGAAGGAGAGCGGUGACAUUUCAGACAGUGGCAGCAGCGGGCACUGGAGCGGGAGCAGUGGCAGCUCCACUCCCUCGCCCCCCCACCCGCAGGCCAGCCCCAAGUAUCUAGGCGAUGCCUUUGGGUCUCCCCAAACUGAUCAUGGCUUUGAGACGGAUACUGAUCCUUUCCUGUUAGAUGAACCAGCUCCACGGAAGAGGAAGAACUCUGUGAAGGUGAUGUACAAAUGCCUGUGGCCCAGCUGCGGCAAAGUCCUUCGUUCAAUUGUGGGCAUCAAACGACACGUCAAAGCCCUCCACCUGGGGGACACUGUUGACUCUGAUCAGUUCAAGCGGGAGGAAGACUUUUACUACACAGAGAUGCAGAUGAAAGAAGACUGUGCUGUGGCUGUGGCUGCCCCGCCUCCCCCUGGGACACCUACCGGCGAGCCAGUGUCCACCUCCCGGGUGACCAGCCCAUCCCUUGCUGCUCUUUCAUUGCCUCCAGCCAAAGUCCAGUCCUCUGGCCCAGAACACCCUGGCCUGGAAUCUUCCCUGCCCCCAGUUGCACUCAGCAAGUCAGCUCCUGGCUCCUUCUGGCACAUUCAGGCUGACCAUGCUUACCAGGCUCUGCCAGCCUUCCAGAUCCCUGUCUCCCCCCACAUCUACACCAGCAUCAGCUGGGCUGCUGCCCCUACCACCACCUCCUCCCUCUCGCCGGUCCGGAGUCGCUCACUCAGCUUCAGCGAGCCCCAACAGCCGCCACCCACAGUGAAGUCUCACCUGAUUGUCACCUCCCCACCCCGUGCUCAGAGCAGCACCAGGAAAGCCCGCGGAGAGGCCAAGAAGUGCCGUAAGGUAUAUGGCAUUGAGCACCGGGACCAGUGGUGCACAGCCUGCCGGUGGAAGAAGGCCUGCCAGCGCUUCCUGGACUGAGCCUGCCUCCGCUGGCCCCGCUCCUCACCCCAGGCCUGCUGGCCAUCAGCAGAAUACAGGGAGAUGAUGUGGCGUGGAUGUGGGCGGCCAGGGCUCCAUUGGCUAAGAUAGAACACUUAAAAACACUUUCUCCCCCUUGUGGGAGUGUUUUAUUUUUUAAAAGCAAACCUAAAUGAAACUAUUUUUUUCCCCUUAAAAUAGGAGAGAGCCAAAAUUGACCAAGGGUAUUCUGCAGCGAACCGGAGACCAAAGAGUUUACCCCGACCCCCGCCCCAUCCCACCCUCUCUGGGACUACAUACGCAUCAAAAGUAGGACAGACAGGAUGCCUUGCCCGUUUUCGUGCUGAGCUGGGGAAUCCUUUGCUCUUUCAGCUAUUCCAGAAUGGACUGUGAGCAAAACAGAUUUCCCUUUUUUUUGGAAUAAAAACAAACUUUCUGGUAGGUAGAUGACCACCCAGGGAAUGGUAGCAGGGCCCUAAGAAGAGCAGGUGGCUGUACUUACUGAGAUAUGGUUUGACAUCUGUAGGAGCAGCUUCUGCAGAUAGGAAAGGGAUACCCUUUAAGGGUGGCAACUUUUAGAUCUGGGUCCCCUCAGAUGCUGGGUUGCAUGCCAAUAGACAUCAUCUGGCGUCUUCUCAAAGCCUGUCUCAGAAAGCUGAGCCAAAAGGCUAGUAUGAAUUCAGCUUGAGAAUGUGACCUUGAAACACUGUCCUGAGCAUCCUUCCAGGGCUGAGAGGAAGUGUGGAGGGUCUCUGUACAAACUCUGCUCCCACUGAGUAAAGUCCUUCCUGAAGCCCCUUCCCUCCAGAGUGUCACAGAGGCACUAGCAUGUCAGGUGGUCCUGUCCGAUGUGGAAGUCUUUGAUGAGGAAGAGAUUUCCUUCCCUUGGGGGUCUCUGGGCCUGCUCAACAUGGCUUCCAGGACCCAACUGUUUUGGACUGACAUCCCAGGUGUCACAGGCUCAGGGAGUGCCACCAGGCCACCUCUCCAGGGACUGAGCAGCACUGGCUCAUGAGUCGCCAUUGGAGAGCAUCCUCCUGACCACUGAGGCUCCACUGUUGGCGUCACAUGGGAAACAUCCAUUUUUUAUUUUUCAGUGUAAGAACACACUAAGUACCAGUAGAAAACCUGUGAACCUAAGAGACUGUGUGUGAGGUAUGGGUGUAGUGGCGGCCUGGGCUGCUCAUGGAGGGGAGACACCAGUGUCUGGGUGUCUCUGGUAGGGGUGUAUUUUUAUAACAGAGUUUCUGAACAUGUAGGGACCCCCACCAAGAGGCUCUCCUCUCCCCUUCUUAAUCCCAGUGUAGACUGAGUGUCUACUUCAGCAAAGGAGUUUUAAUCCCGGCCUUGGUUUGGAGCUUGCAGACGUAACUGAAUAUAAUCUCCAUUCAAAGCAGGCUCCAUUGGCACACCAGGCCGAAAGGGUAGAGAAGAAAGACAAGAACUGAUGCAAUGGUUUAAAAGCUGAAGGAGUUCUGAUUUGUUUGGUUCUCUAUUCCAACUCUGUGCGGCCUCCUGAGCCUACAUUCAUUCCCUCUCUUCCCUGGCGGUGUUGGCUUCCUGCCUGCUGUCAUGUGUCGCGCCCCCCCCCCCCAAUGCUUUCAUGUUGGUUCCUGGCACGUGGUCUGGCUCUGGGUUUGAAGGGCAAGGGUGGUUGUGAACACACCCAGCCAUCACGCCCGCUUCAUCCUCAUCUCUAUCUCCCUGCUCCCCAGCCCCAUGGGUUUAGAAUCUUGACCGGGUGAAGGCACCACAGGCGUGCUUUUGAAACCAACAGGGCCUAGCCUGCAAACAGUUAUCUUAGGAGACGAUCCAGUCAUGUUUCCGUUAUUCAGAGCUCUCAGAGUUACCUUCAGACGUGGUGCCAUGUUGGGAGCAACCUCAGUGGGUCUGCACCAUACUCUCUCGGUGCUGUGAGUCCAGGGAUGCUGUCUGUGGCCACUGACGUCUCAGGUACAAAGCCAAAGGGCUCCCUGGGAACCAAGGCUUGGGUGUACAAGGCUUUUCACCUGGCCUUGAAGACAGUGUUGCUGCUCCAGACAGCACUUCGAGCAGUGGCCGCCUUGUGGGAGUGAGUGUAUAACUUGACACCUUAGAGGACCCUAUGAAAUUGGAUACGGAAACUGAUUUGGUGGGGAAAAAAAAUCUGUUACUUUCUGAUCACCCCAGGUUCUGAUUUUACCGGGGGCAAGAAACAACAACACAAAAAGGGAGAAUCCCAUCUGUGAAUUUGUCUUAUUGGCGCUUCUCCCCCGCCCCUCCCCGCUGUCUUCCAAGUAUUAUUUUUACUGUUAAGAUUUUUUUUAAAUGUGAAAUGAAAUGUAAUGUUUUUACAGCAAUGAUAUGAAAUAUAUUUUAUAAGGAAUAAAAUGGUACAUUGUCUGA